CUGGUUCUCACGUGACCUGCUACAGCUCCCCGGAUCCUACUCUGGAAAGCCGGGGCCGCGCCGCGAUGGGGGAGCCGGGCGGCGAGGAGGAGCGGCCGCUGCUGGGCUCGGCGCACAAUGACUGUCCCCAGCGCCGGGCGCUGCCGGCCCUCUGCGACCCGCGGCGGCUGGCCCACCGGCUGCUGGUCCUGGCCUUCAUGUGCUUCCUGGGCUUCGGUAGCUAUUUUUGCUAUGACAAUCCAGCAGCUCUACAGACUCAGGUUCAAAGGGAUAUGAAGGUGAACACAGCUACAUUCAUGGCAUUAUAUGCCUGGUAUUCCUGGCCCAAUGUGGUUCUCUGUUUCUUUGGAGGCUUUCUGAUAGACAGAGUAUUUGGAAUAAGGUUGGGCACCAUAAUAUUCAGCUCCUUUGUUUGUGUUGGACAAGUGAUCUUUGCGAUGGGAGCUCUAUUUAAUGCUUUUUGGCUAAUGGAAGCUGGCAGAUUUGUAUUUGGAAUUGGUGGGGAGUCUUUAGCAGUAGCACAAAAUGCCUAUGCUGUCAGUUGGUUUAAAGGCAAGGAAUUAAACCUCGUGUUUGGAUUACAACUUAGCAUGGCUAGAAUUGGGAGCACUGUGAAUAUGAAUAUCAUGGGAUGGAUAUACUCCAGAGUUCAAGAUCUGCUGGGCUCUACAGGUCAUAGUACACUUGGAUUUACACUUAUGAUAGGUGGUGUAACAUGUAUCUUUUCACUAAUCUGUGCACUAAUUCUUGCUUAUCUGGACAAGAGAGCAGAAAAAAUCCUUUGUAAAGAGCAAGGAAAAACUGGUGAAGUGAUUAAAUUAACUGAUGUGAAAGACUUCUCGUUGUCCUUGUGGCUCAUAUUUAUAAUCUGUGUGUGUUAUUAUGCGGCUGUGUUUCCUUUCAUUGGACUUGGGAAGGUUUUCUUCAUUGAGAAAUUCAAAUUUUCUUCUCAAGAAGCAAGUGCAAUUAACAGCAUUGUAUAUAUCAUAUCAGCACCCAUGUCCCCUGUCUUUGGAUUCCUGGUGGAUAAACUUGGAAGAAAUAUUAUCUGGGUUAUGUGUGCUAUAGUGGCAACCCUUGCUUCUCACAUUAUGUUGGCCUUCACUUUCUGGAACCCUUGGAUUGCUAUGUGUAUGUUAGGAGUAGCCUAUUCACUGCUUGCCUGUGCUUUGUGGCCAAUGGUAGCUUUUGUUGUUCCAGAACAUCAGCUGGGAACUGCUUAUGGAUUUAUGCAGUCUAUCCAAAAUCUGGGUCUGGCAAUUAUUGCCAUAGCAGCUGGUACGAUACUGGAUUCUCGAGGGUAUCUGUUUCUAGAAGUCUUCUUCAGUGCUUGUAUUUGCUUGUCACUAAUAGCUGUAGUCAUGCUGUAUUUUGUGAAUCACCUCACUGGAGGUGAUCUUAACUGGUCUGCAAAGAAAAGGGAAAAACUGCAAAAGCUAGCUGCAGCUGAAGCAGAAAGUCGAGAGAAACUCAGACGUCAAAACGAAGAUGACUUGGCCAAAUUACAGCCAAAGAAUGACUUUAGUUUAAGGAAUAGGUAUCUCUCCAAACUAGGAGCUCAGCUGCCUGAUAAUUAUGCUUCCUACGUAUCUGCAUUGGCACACAGAAGUGUGCUGAAAUAGCAUCACUCUGCAAAAGUUUGUCAAGAGAUGGAAGUGCUCUGAAGUUUAUGCAGACAGAAACGUUCUCUUCCCAGUCAAGAACUGCACAUAGAACAAAAGCAGAAUAAUGCACCAUGUUCUAUAUUUGAAUCCACAUGCUGUCAUCAGCAACCACCUGACCUUAAAAAAUGUAGUGUCAGUAAGUGGCUCCUAUUGUAAUGUGAAACAUUAGUUCAGGUUUGAAGCAUUAGGUGAGGUUUGACUGCUGUGUGCCAUACAAAACCAAAUCUGAAACUUAAAAGCCUUGGGAAACAAUAGCCUGUUAGCCGUUCUACAUAGUCUUGAUGUAGGCAUUAGUCUGGUCAUACUACAUUUUAUGCUGGAUGACUUAACUUCCUGCAAUAAUUCAGUUUUACUUUCUUUCACUAUGGACCAUGUAACAGUAGAAAUAGGACUGCCUUUUUACAUUCUGUCAAAUUGAGAUUUUUUACAAAAACUUGGCUGUUCUAUUUAGUUUAAAAAAACAAAACAAAACAAAACCACCAUAUAUUCAUUAAAACCAGACUUGAAAGUUGCACUAGUACAUGGUGAUGGUGUUAAUGAAAGCUGAGCUAUUUUCCUGUGGAAAUAACACAAUACAAUUUUUAUAACUAUCAAAUUAACUGUAAUAUAUAACCGUCAAUCAGUGUAAUUAUACAAAUGUAGUGUAGAGUAUCUACUAGUUUUAAUGUUAUCUGCAAUGAAAAAAAUGGCUUUAGGAUGAACUUUCUCCCAAAGAUGUGUGGACUCCUAUGCUUGCAAUGUAAGCAGAACUGGACCCUGAAAUCUCAUACAUGUAUAUUUCAUGUUAAGUGGCUAGUAGAACACUAAAAAAGUAGACUGACUGAAUUUUCAGUUUUUUAAAAUGUGGUCUUAAUCUGAGCUAAAUUAUUAUUCUCUGACCUUUAUUGCUUAAAAUUUGUCUUAACUGCACAGGGAAGCCAGUAUUUUUUUUCUAAUAGCUUGUUACCCUAACAGUUGUAUUUAAUGUAAUAAAUAAGAAGUAACUUGAGGAAUGUUGACAUUUAUAUCUGGAACUCGUGGUUCUAUUAAGAAUUUUGUAUAUGCAAAUAUACUUUUUUUUUAAGUGAGUUACUUUUCUAUGACUUUCAGUAUUCUACAAACUUUAUCAAAGAUAGUAUUAUAAUUGUGUAGAACUGCCAUAGUCUGGCCUCAUGAAAUCUAUCCAGGCAUAUCAGUAUAAACUUGGUGCUUUUAUGUGUUGCUAUUGAAGAUUGCAUUCACACAUGGUAGUGCUAAGAUGUUUUGUUUGGUUUUUUACUACGCUGUCUUUAGGAAGAAAGCAGCAUAAACUAUCCAUGGAUGGAUUAUGUACAGUUGAUUUGCUUAUACACUUAUAGAUGCUGAUCUUUUAUAGUAAAUAAAACUAAAUGGAUAGGGCCACUUGG